AUGUCCACCUCCGCCGUCGCAACCGCCACCUCGUCCGGCGCCGCCGCGACCUCCACCGCGAUCUGCUCCUCCAACCUCUACGACACCCCCAUCCAGGACUCCAACUGCGCGAUGCCCUACGGCGGCAACCACACCGACAUCAUGAAGGCCUGCUGCAAGGACGCCGACGUCGUCAGCUACUACGACAACUGCGGCAUCUACUGCCUCGCCAUCGACCAGACCGUCGCCGAACUCACAAAGUGCCUCUUCGACAACGGCGCCCCCGACACCGGUGUCUUCUGCCGUGGCAAUGUCAGCUCCUCCGCCACUGCCACCGGCAACUCGAACCCCCCGGCCUCCGCCGGCGCCAGCAUCGUCGCGAGCGGCGGCGGCAGCAGGGCGAGCGCGAGUGGCAGCGGCUCCAGCAGCAGCUCCAGCAGCUCUGCGAACGCUGCGGCUGGGGUGUAUGCCCCCGCUGGCGUGAGCACGCUUGGCAUGACCAUCGGCGCUCUGCUGCUCUCUGCUGCUACUUUCGGCGCUCUGCAAAUUUGA